GCCGUAUCAGCGCCGGGGUGGCGUCCAUCCCAUCCAACCCAUCCAGUUCAUCCCAGCGAUUCUGUCGACCCUGUCCAUCCCAUCCAUCUUGCCGACGACCAGGAGCCCACAGAUGGCCAGCCAGAAGACGGACAUCGCAGCCCCAAACCAGGCUCUGGAACCAGGGGCAGGGGCCCAGCUGCGGCCAGAGACGAUAGCUGUGAACAGCAGAGCUCCGAAUGUGCAUGCGUCCGAGACCAGAAUCGCCUCCAACGAUGGUGACCAUGAAGCACAUGAGCAGGACGCCGACGAGGAUGGUGUCGACGAAGAAAGCAACGGAGGUGAUGACGAUGACUAUGACGACGGCGACGACGAAGAGGACGACGACGAUGAUCUAGAGCCGAUGCUCAAGUACCAGCGUCUGUGUGCGAAUCUUGGCGAUUUGCUGAAGCUCGACCGAGUCUCGUCUGCGGCGGUUUCGGACCGUUUCUUGACGAUUGGAACGCAGCAGGGAUCCGUGAUGAUCAUGGACCUGAGCGGCAACAUUGUCAAGCGCUGGAUUGCACACUCGUCUGUCGUCAACAGCGUUUGCAUUGAUGAAGGCGGCGAGUAUGUCGGCAGCGCCUCAGACGAUGGAAAGGUUAUCAUUCACAGUCUGUAUUCGUCGGAUGUCCAAACUUUUGGGAAUCGUCGUCCAGUCAAAAGCGUCUGCUUAGAGCCCAACUACACCCGCAGUACCAAUCGCCAGUUCGCCUCGGGCGGUCUGUCCGAAUCAGUUGUCCUCAACGGCAAAGGCUGGUUCGGAAACCGCGACACCAUCAUCCAUUCUGGCGAGGGCCCCAUUGCUCUCGUGAGCUGGAGGCAUCUGUUCAUUGUCUGGGCAAACGUAACGGGAAUCAAAAUGUAUGACACUUCCUGUCAGCAAAAGUUUGCCUAUAUUGCAAGCCCGGAUGUGAGCUCCAAAACCGCUUCGAGAUGCAACAUUGCUUGGAAAGACAACUUGACGCUGAUGAUGGCGUGGGCGGACAAUGUCAAGAUCGCUGUGAUCAAGGAUCGAAGCAAACUCGAUGUCGCCUCUGGGCUGCCUGCACGAUACGUCGAGGUCGUGUUUCAAUUCUCAACCGACUUUAUGCUCGCCGGCAUUGCACCGUUUGGAGAUGACAUUCUCUUGAUUUCGUAUCAUGGUGCGCAGCAAGCCAAGUCCGUAAAACUGGGAGAGUCGCAGAAAUCGCUCCCAAUCGAAGUCCAUGUUCUGAACACGGCCGGCGUCGAAGUGGCAAACGAUGUCCUCUCCGUUGCUCAGUACGACCAAAACAAGCUCCAUGACUACUCUCUCCAAUACAGCCCUGCCGAGGAGCUGACAGAAGCCGCGUACUACAUCAUCUCGCCACGGGAUAUCGUUAUUGCCCGAGCGCGAGACAUUGGCGACCACGUCGACUGGCUUAUCGAAAAGAAGCGCUUUGGCGAAGCAUUCUCUGCGGCUGAUGAUGCCCGACGCCAGCGCACAGGUCGAUUCUCCGAGACCGAGGUCCAGAGCAUUGGCCAGUCGCUGCUCUCGUCACUGUUCUCCAAAGGUCUCUACAAAGAUGCCGCCGCAGCCUGCCCCAAAGUCCUCAAGAGCAACCCUGAACUAUGGACCGAGUGGAUCUUCAAGUUCGCCGAGGCGUCUCAGAUUGCGGCCAUCUAUCCGCAUGUACCCGUCAAGGACCCCCAGCUGCCCAAGGCCGUUUACGAACUUAUUUUGGAAUAUCUCGUCAAGAACGAGCCAAAUGUGCUGCCUUCGGCAGUCAAACAAUGGCCCGUUGCCCUCUACGAUGCAAAUCGGAUCGCCAGUGUCGCCGAAGAAGCCCUGGUUGUCCUUCGGAGCGAAAACAGCCCGGCUGCUCAAGGCCUCCUCGAGUCACUUGUGUCUUUGUACACAUCUUGCCGACAAUGGGAGUCUGCCUUUUGGAAGCGGCUCGCCCUGCGAGAUGUCGACGCCAUUCAGUCAGUUGUCACCUACAGCCUGUACAAGGUUAUCGCAAACAAGAUCGUGAUGUUGAUGGAGUAUGACUGGGAUGUCACCCAGGCUCCCGGUCCGCUGCGCGACGAGAUCAAUCUCUCGCUGGGAGUCGAUCCCGACGCGAUAUCGCCCCAGAUGCUCGCAAUUCGAAGAUGCACUCUCGGCCCCGCUGUCCAGAUGCUCAUCCAAUCGCUUGACACGAUCAAGCUGGAUCACAUUGUUCAGCAGCUUAUCCCCUACGCGCGGUAUCUCCACGUCUUCCUGGAUGCUCUGUUCCAGAAAGACAGCCGCGAGGGCGUUGACUAUCACAACUUGCAGAUUGAGCUCUACGCUGAGUACGAUUAUGGCCGACUUGGCGCGUUCCUCAAGUCCAGUCACUCUUAUUCGAUGAAACAGGCCUACAAUUCAUGUGAGGCCCGUGGGUUGAUUCCAGAGAUGAUCUAUCUUUUGGGCAAGAUGGGCGACAACCGCAAGGCUCUCAACCUCAUCAUCCGCGAGCUGAACGACAUUAACCGAGCAAUUGAGUUUGCCAAGGAGCAAAACGACCAAGAUUUAUGGGAGGAUCUGAUGAAGUUUUGUCUGAACAAGCCAAAGUUCAUCGUGACCCUCAUGGAAAACAUUGGCGGAUACAUCAAUCCAGUGAGAUUGAUCCAAAAGAUCCCCAACGGGCUCAACAUCCCGAACCUCAAGUCUGCUCUGAUCCGCAUCAUGGCGGACUAUGGGGUGCAGGUCUCGCUGCGGGAAGGUUGCCAGCAGAUUCUGAUGAACGACAACUCGAAGCUGUUUUCUCAGAAGCUCGACAUCCUCUGCCACGGCAUUUCAAUCCAAGAUGUGAACUGUGCUGGAUGCAAGGAGGUCUUCUUGGAAUCAGAUGUUCACGCCGGAGACAACGCCGUCAUUUUCGAGUGCCAGCACAUGUUCCACCACAGAUGCGUUGGCAAAACGAGACUCUGCCCGCUCUGCGCUUCCGAUGUCACAGCAGGCGAAUUGUAAUCUUGUCUUUAGUACCCGCCCUUGCGACAUUUGUUGGGCCUGGUGGCGAUGGGCCUGUUCUCCCUGGCACCUCACGGCUCUGUGCAGUACUCAGACAAACACGGAUCGCUCUCUCAUCGAGGGAGUCGCCCUGCAUUACUAGUGCAAUCCAAAAAAACGGGACACCCGGGUUUUUGACCAUUCAUCGAAUAUUUUGUUACCC